AUAGACUAGUUGUUAUGUAAAACACAAUAUAUUAUUAGUAAAACGUUCCCAUUGGAUAAUGAGGGAACAGCAAAGCAUACUAGACAGUGCUAAAGAGUAGUUGACCGUCACAUCACAUCUAAAUCAUAAAUCAUUGAGUCACAUCUAAAGACCAUUGCUUCUGGACCAGAAACAAAGAUUCGGGAAUCAAAGCACUUGUCUUCAUGUACGUUCUUAUCAACCUUGUGUCUUACAUCUGUGCCCUGACACUGACAGGUGUAGCAGGCAGUGGGUUGUCAACCUGUGCGAGAAAUUAUGAAAAAGUUGGUUGCUACGAUGAGUACAGUGCAGGUGUAAAGGACCUUCUUGUGAAUGAUCGCUACAGAAUAAAAUGGGCUAACAUUGUCGGAUACAUGCACCACCUGGCAUGCACUUGUGAAGCUAAGGUGAGGGAAAUGAACACAAAAAGAAGUGCAAAAGAGCAAUAUGUUGGCUUUGCACUCCAUUUCUGGGGAGAAUGCUAUGGUAGAACGCAGGCUCACAUGGAUUCGUUGGCAAGCAAAACCACUUCAGAACGCUGCACUGGUGACCAGACCUACAAAAAGUGCUAUCCCGAAAACCCGGAAUGCACGGGACACGCUUCUUCUGAAUUUAUUUACAAGCUCAAGCCAGGAAAAGGUGACAUUCGAACAUUACAUGCAUGCGACCUUCAUAACAUCACUAUCAGUUGUGACAAGGGAACGGUUGAUGUACAGAAUGUUUCGUAUGGCAAAAGAACCUCAAGCCAGUGUGGCAAGCCAUUAUCUGCAGGCUGGGUUGACAGCUGCCAGAAAUUUGCGCCUCAAAACCAAGUCUUUUUCAAAUCCGAUUGUGCAGGACACUCAUCAUGUGAAGUUGCAGACUGGACUUUUGACCCUAAAGAUCCUUGUCCAAAAGUUGAGAAGUUCUUUAAAAUUGACUACAUUUGCAAACAUUAGGAAUUCUACAAGUAAAAACAAGUAAA